GUUCGUACGCAGUAGUGGAAACGAGCCUUUACGUUUACAAUGAGAUAAAGCAAUCUUUUCCGAAUUUUCAAUUUUUGAUGUGAUCAAAAUUAUCACUAGUAGACUUGAUGAAAUAUGGGAAGACCCUGCUUCUAUUCAAAAGAUGUUUGUAUCUAUUAAUAUACUUGAAGAAAUCUUUAGUGGCGGAACUUCGGGAGUUUAAUCUAAAAUAUUUCUUUCCUUACUAUGGUUACUUCAACUGUUCUGAAGUUGUCAGUGCUUGGUUGUUUUUUGUAUGCAUUCGGUAAUUAUCGUUAGUAUACUUGUUCGCACAUAUCUGGUAAUUAUCUUUAGUGUAUAUGAUUUGCUCGCACGUAUCUGGUAAUUUAGUAAUUGAUGUAUAUUUGGUACCUAAAUUUUCUGUUUUGCAUUUGAAUCCUUUUAUGAUCUUCUGUUGUAUUAAAUUUUGUUAUGAUACCCUUAAGACCCGCACUGCCUUUAUUGGUUGAACUUUAUUUUUGUUUACAUGCUCACCAGUUGGACAGCUUACAUGUUUCGUUCGCAAGAGAAGUGCUAUGUGUUCGCGGUAAUUUUAUGCUUAGAACUUUUGCCACUUUAGUGACUAUUCUUCAGCAUUUAGAAGCACUUCUGUUACUUCGCAGUAAAUUCUAUUUACUCGAUGGAAGUAAGCUGACACAGACCAGUUACUCCGGUGUUUGCACCAUUCGAAGAAGCAGUAAGCUGUAUUCAUGAUCGAAGUGUCUACACUUCCGACAUAAGACUAGCUAAUCGACAGUUUUCAAAAUCUGCGCUUAAGUAUUCAAGGCUCUUUUAUUAUUCGUGAUAUAAAACUACAUGAAUUUUGUGAAGAGAAUUAUUUGUUUUCAUUUCUGAUCAAACUAUCUGAUAAAUAACUUUUAUUUUUUAUUUCAUUGAUUUCAUUAAUUAUAAGUUUUAAAUAAAAGCUUUAUUAUUAUUAUUUUGCUUUUCUUUCCCUCGAUAUUUUUCCUUGGGGAUAAAGAUUUAACUCAUGCAAAACAUAUUUGUCUUUACUUCCCCCCCUCCUAACCUAAUGUUGUGAUUGAAUGUGAUUUUAUUGCUUUGAAGAAAUGAACCGAAAUCGCAGUGCUUGAUAAAAGCAUGUUAAUUUUGAUACAUAUUAAAAGCAUCCCUUUUUAUGUAUACCUAUGUGAGUAUGUGCUUUAAAUCAUUUCUUCAUGAUUCAUAUUUUUUUAAUCCACUAUUUGCAAUAUGAUUAUUGGAAACAUGGAAUCAUCAAGAGUUGAAGAAAUGACCAUUGACGAAGAAUGUAUUCGCACUUCCAACGACGAAGAUAAAAAAUUCGUGAGUCAGGCUGUUGCGUUUGUUAUCGGACAUGGCCGUAACGGUUUUGUACCGUUGUGUGCUAGUGUUGCUACAUUGCUAAAAGAGCAAGCAAGAUUGAAGCAAGAAAAUGAGUCCUUAUAUCAACAGUUAACACUAUUAAGAAGUAAACUGUUAGCAGAGCAGUCAGAUAUUUCCAUUGAAAACAGACUGGUUGAAUCUUCCUCCAAGAUCAGCACUCCAUCUUCUGUCGAAGAUAUUAUUAUUUCUGAAAAUGCAUCUUCAUAUGAUAUCAACAAAAUCAAGUAUUCUAUCAAAAAUGACCAAAAGACAACUUCUCUAAUCUUAAAAGGCUGUCUAUGUAUGAAUUGUUCUCAAGCACCUGGAGGUUCCAGAAUGUUUAAAACACCUUUAAAGAAAGGAGAUAAGGUUGUGAUUCAUGGUGAAUUAUGUGGAACAGUUCAAUAUGUUGGUCAUAUCGAUUCUGAAGGAUUUUCUGAAGUAUUUGUUGGCUUGUACUUAGAUGAGGCUGUGGGAGAUAGCAAUGGAAGUAUUGGAGAAAAAACAUAUUUUUCAGUUCCAGAAAGAUAUGGUUUAUUUGUGCCUUUGUCUUAUGUCUGUUGCCAGAUGAGCUGACAUUUAAUACUUCAUAUAAUAUUUCUGUGAUAAAGUAAAUAAUAAUGCUUGCAUUUUAUACUUGACAUUAUUAGCAUGUGAUAAUUAUUUUAUAUAUAUGCAUUUUUUUAUUCAUAUGACUUUGAUGUAUAAUAACAAACCUUAUUAUGCAUACUUGUGUAAAUAUUUUAUUCUGUAAAUAUGACAAAAUAUUACUUCACUAUGUGAAUAGAACAUGUAAGUAAAAAACUCAUAUUUGUAUAUAUUUUAGUAUAAUGGACCUGUGAUUGUAUUUUGAUAUUUUAAUUUGUAUGUUUUGUAAUGUUUAAUAAACUUUUUCUCUAACAUAAAAUGUGUAUAAACUGAUUAAAAUAUGUAUAUUAAAAGUAUAUAUACCAAGUGUAAUGUGCUAAUUAACAAAAUAAGGAAUAAAAAGCAAAUAAUUCUGUUUGUGUGAUUUUCUAACAUUAUAUUGCUGGUUUAAGGACAGAAUGGCUGUCUUGAGAGUAGAAAAUCAAUCAUUAAAAUUAACAGUUAACAAAGACAAUUAACUUGAAAACAGGCUCCAUUAAUGAUUUACUUCAAAUCUGAAUGAAAGAUAAGAUGAAUGUGUAUAAUUGUAACUUCAUUAGGAAAAAACAAGACGUCUGAUGACAUGUUCUCGUCAAAUGCAUUAUGUAACUGAAUGAUUAAAAUCUGAAUUUUAUAUCCA